AUGCAUUUCUCUCUGUGGAAGCAAAUCCACCACUGUGCUACUCUAAUCCUAGACAAGAGCAAGAGCAGGAGAAGAAGAAAAGACGGUUCCGACUCCUCCGUCAAUGCCAGGAAAAAAGCUUCAUUGCUCCGGAAAUUGUACGAAGACAAGCUCAGAGAAGCUCUAGAAGAAGCCUCAGAGAAUGGUUCGCUCUUCAAAUCCCAAGACAUGGACACAGACAAUCAAGACGGAGCCUUGGGCCGGUCCAGAUCCUUAGCCAGACUCCACGCGCAGCGCGAGUUCCUACGCGCCACUGCUUUAGCAGCUGAGCACAUAAUCGAAUCAGACGACUCAAUCCCCGAGCUCCGUGAAGCUUUCAACAAGUUCCUCGCCAUGUAUCCAAAGUACCAAGCUUCAGAGAAAAUCGACCAGCUGAGAUCUGACGAGUACAGCCACUUAUCAGGCGCAAAGGUAUGCCUCGAUUACUGCGGAUUCGGUCUCUUCUCUUAUGUUCAGACUCUUCACUAUUGGGACUCUUGUACGUUUAGCCUCUCUGAGAUCACUGCGAAUUUGAGCAACCACGCUCUCUACGGUGGAGCUGAGAGUGGCACUGUGGAGCAUGAUAUCAAAACUAGGAUCAUGGACUAUUUGAACAUCCCUGAGAACGAGUAUGGUCUUGUGUUCACUGUAAGCAGAGGCUCUGCUUUUAGGUUGCUAGCGGAGUCUUACCCUUUCCAGACGAACAAGCGUCUCUUGUCAAUGUUCGACCACGAGAGCCAGUCUGUGAACUGGAUGGCGCAGACGGCGAAGGAGAAAGGCGCAAAGGCGUACAACGCUUGGUUUAAAUGGCCAACGUUGAAGCUUUGUUCGACUGAUUUGAAGAAACGUUUGUCUUAUAAGAAGAGGAAGAAGAAAGAUUCAGCUGUUGGUUUGUUUGUGUUUCCUGCGCAGUCUCGUGUCACAGGUGCUAAGUAUUCAUAUCAGUGGAUGGCUUUAGCUCAGCAGAAUCAUUGGCAUGUGUUGCUUGAUGCUGGCUCUUUAGGUCCCAAAGAUAUGGACUCGCUUGGUUUGUCGUUGUUUAGGCCUGAGUUUAUCAUUACUUCGUUCUAUCGAGUGUUUGGGCAUGAUCCUACAGGGUUUGGUUGUUUGUUGAUUAAGAAGUCAGUGAUGGGGAGUCUUCAGAGUCAGUCAGGGAAGACAGGAUCAGGGAUAGUGAAGAUCACGCCUGAGUAUCCGUUGUAUCUGAGUGAUUCAGUAGAUGGUCUUGAUGGAUUGGUUGGUUUUGAAGAUCAUGAUGAUGAUGAUAAUAAGCUCAAAGAAGGUCAUCGUCCAGGGACUCAGAUGCCUGCUUUCUCUGGGGCAUACACUUCAGCUCAAGUGAGGGAUGUGUUUGAAACAGAUGUUCUUGAAGAUAACGUCUCUUCUGAUAGAGAUGGAACUACUAGCACCACGAUCUUUGAAGAAACGGAGAGUGUUUCGGUUGGAGAAGUGAUGAGAAGUCCGGUGUUUAGCGAAGAUGAGUCGUCUGACAAUUCGUUUUGGAUUGAUUUGGGGCAUAGUCCUCUUGGCUCCGAUCAGCAUAACAAGAUUGCAUCUCCUUUGCCGCCGAUUUGGUUUAAGAGGAACCAGAAACAACGUCACUCUCCUAAACCAGUACAUAAGAGUUACAGUAGUCCGAUGUAUGAUGGUAAAGACGUCCUCUCGUUUGAUGCUGCUGUUAUGUCAGUUACAGAGCAGGGGACAAACACGAACAGGAGGGAUUCUGGUAACAAUCUCCAUGUUGGAGAGAUAGAGGAAGAGAGCUUCGGUCAUAGCUUGGCAAAUGGCUCCAACAUUUCAUCAGAGAUCAAAGAGAGUGCUAUUAGACGAGAGACAGAGAGAGAAUUCAGGUUGUUAGGGAGGAGAGAUGGCGGGAGAAGCAGGCUAUUGGGAGUGGAGGAUGAACAUACGAGUAAUGGAAGACGGGUUUCGUUUAACAUGGAACGUGUUAGUCAUAGUGUAGUAGAGCCCGGUGAAGCUUCUCUAGCUAGCGUUUACGAUGAAGAGUAUCAUAACAACACGAGUGAUGUUGAGAAUGGAGAUGAUGAAGGUGCAGAUGAUGAAUGGGAUAGGAGAGAAACCGAGACAGAGAUUGUUUGCAAGCAUAUCGAUCAUGUGAACAUGUUAGGUCUUAAUAGAACCACGACGAGACUCAGGUUUCUGAUUAACUGGCUUGUGAUCUCGUUGCUGCAGCUGCAAGUUCCUGAACCAGGAGGAGGAAGAAACAUGAGUCUUGUGCAGAUUUAUGGACCGAAGAUCAAGUAUGAAAGAGGAGCUGCGGUUGCAUUUAAUGUUAGAGAUAAAAGCAAAGGCUUUGUGAGUCCGGAGAUUGUUCAGAGGCUUGGUGAAAGAGAAGGCAUAUCUCUCGGCAUUGGUAUAUUGAGUCACAUACGGAUAGUGGAUGAUAAACCGAGGAACCAUAGAGGUCGGAGUAAAGAAGAUAGUGCUUUGCAUUUGCAGAACGAAGUUGGGAAAAACGGGUUUAUAAGAUUUGAGGUUGUGACAGCGUCUCUUAGCUUCUUGUCAAACUUUGAAGAUGUUUACAAGCUUUGGGGUUUCGUCGCCAAGUUCUUGAACCCUGGUUUCAGCAGAGAAGGUUCGCUUCCUACUGUUGAAGAAGAAGAAGCAGAGGAUUCAGAGACGUGA